CUACGCUGACUUGCUGCAGGAAGUGACGCAGUCAUGGCGUACUCCACAACCCGGUUCACCACACGCUUGUUAGCGGCUACGGCGUCUUGUGCACCUUUAAGCGGCCGUUUUCUUGUUGUUUGGGGAGUUCACCAAGCGACGGUAUGGCGGGCUCACCGGGGAGGGAUAGCGGCCAGCCUGAGCUCCUGGAGUCGCGGAAAUGGGCUGACAUUGAGCGGACCGCAAGGUGUGGGAUGUGUGCGUGGAAGUACCUGCUGCUCGUUCCACUCCAGCUGCAGAGUCUCAAGCAAACAAGACCUGUACGAAGUCCUAGGUGUCAACCGCAGUGCCUCACAAAAGGAAAUCAAAAAGGCUUACUAUCAGUUGGCAAAGAAGUACCAUCCAGAUACCAAUCCAGACGAUCCGGAGGCGAAAGAGAAGUUCGCUCAGCUGGCUGAAGCUUAUGAGGUGCUUAGUGAUGAGGUGAAGAGAAAACAGUAUGACACAUACGGAGCGGCGGGAUUUGACCCGAACCGCACUGAAGCGGGCCAGCAGCAGUACUACAGAGCAGGUGGAGCCACCAUUGACCCCGAGGAGCUCUUCAGGAAGAUCUUCGGGGAGUUUACAGGAGGCAUGGGCUUUGGAGACAUCAACAACAUGUUUGACCAGAGGCCUGAGUAUCUGAUGGAACUGACGUUUUCCGAGGCAGCUAAGGGGGCAAAUAAGGAGCUGAGUGUGAACAUUGAUGAUGUCUGCCCGAGGUGUCACGGAAAGGCCAGCGAGCCGGGCACCAAAGUGUCUCAGUGUCACUACUGCAAAGGCACGGGAACGGAGACCAUCAACACCGGUCCUUUCAUGAUGCGCGCCACGUGUCGAAGGUGUGGCGGGAAAGGCUCCAUCAUAAGCACUCCGUGCGCUCUGUGCAGAGGGUCAGGCCAGAUCAAGAAGAGGCAGUGGGUCACCGUACCUGUACCUGCUGGUGUGGACAACGGCCAGACCAUACGCAUGCCAGUAGGGACUAAAGAAAUCCUCAUCACCUUCAGGGUCCAGUCGAGCCCAGUGUUUAGACGGAACGGAGCAGACAUCCACUCUGAUGCUUUCAUCUCCGUGGCUCAGGCCAUCCUGGGAGGCACGGCCACAACACAGGGCCUGUAUGAAACCGUCAGCAUGGCGAUUCCUGCUGGCUGUCAGGCCGAUCAGGUGAUCCGGUUACAGGGGAAAGGCAUCCGCAGACUCAACAGCUACAGUUAUGGAGAUCAUUACGUUCACAUCAAGAUCAAAGUGCCAAAGAAGCUGACGCGGAGACAGCGCUCCUUGUUGCUGAGUUAUGCAGAAGAAGAGACGGAGGUUCAGGGUUCCGUCAAUGGGGUCAGUCCUUCAGCAGCAGGGGGCAGCAGUGCUUCAGAAUCAGGAACAAAGUCCACAACAACAGAGGAGAAGAAGGAGGAGGAGGGCGGCUUCUUCUCCAGACUAAAGAAAAUGUUUAGCUAACACUCAGCUAGAGAAGAAAACUCAUGAAUGCCAGACCGGUCCUCCAUACCUUCUGUUUGGGAGAACACAAAGACUGAGACCAUGUGUGGAUUUGUGCUGUGAGGACCGUCAGGUUUAAGGUGACGUAGGAGCUACGUCCAUGAGUCCUGCAGGAGAAUUAGUGAUGUGACACCUCACAAUGACCUCCACAGACCAGAAAUCCAUGUUCAGUCAGACAUUUCAUAACUACAGACGUUAAAUUGUGCAGUGAAACUAUUUUAUCCUCGGUGCAGUGAGAGGCUGAAGGUGGUUCUUACUCAGCCUCAGACCAAAGCAGCAGCGUAGAUCUGGAAGGAUAGAGCCGGUCUAGUUUCUCUGAGCAAAGCUAUCACAGGUCCACGAGAAGAUGUUUAAUUUGUUUAUGUAGAGGCACCAGUCACAUAUUUAAUAACUACAUCAUUGCAUUAUUAAGCUGCAUAAAUGUUCCAAGCAGGUUUUUGGGACUUGAUUGGUUUUCCAUCUAAAACAAACUCAAUUUAAAUGUUAAAUAGAACAUUUACAAUAUGUAAUUAUUUUAGUUUAAUAAUAAAGUAAUAUUUACUUAC